CCCCAGACUUCACUGGCAUUUCAUUGGUCAGGACUAAAAAUGGCUUACCAUGAAUCAUGGAAGCCCUAGAUGCGGACAAAUUCAUAGUAAUAUUCUUUGUUCAUUUCUACGCGGAUGACUUCUAGCAGCCUCGAGCACUAUGUUAUUGUCUCUCUCGCCCGAGGGAUCCGAGUUAUAAAGGUCACUUUGACCAAUUUAUUCCGCAUCUAUCGACAUCCCCCUCGAUCAGCACCGUCGUUCACUUGUAACUUGAGUACUCUAUGGCUCUGCUAAUACGUGUUCAGAGGCUCUUCAGGUGUUAGUGGAACCACUGCAAACUUGGCGUCCAUCGCACCACAAUGUUCACACGGUGCACCUUAUCACUAUUUCUGCUUGUUGUGGCAGUUUCGGUUCUAGCGGUUUCUGCCAAACGGAACCAACUGAUCAGUGUCAGAGGCCACAAUCAUGGGACGCAUGCGCACACUAUUCAGAGACCCCGUCACGUGGCGACCGCGUGUCGCAUAUGUGAUCACGUGAUGGGAGAGCUGGACAAGAUCAUCACUCCGAAAUCAAAGCUGAGCGAAAUAGUCGACGCGGCAGAGAUGGUCUGUGACAACUUGUCAAGCGCACCUGUUAUCAAGCAUAAAAGAGGACCAAUGAGAGCUAAUAGAAUCGAAGAGAAUGAUGCUAGCGGAUCUGGGGCUAGCGGCUCAGCGGCUAGCGACUCUGGGGCUAGCGGUUCAGAGGCUAGCGGUUAUGGGGCUAGCGGUUCUGGGGUAAACGGAUCUGAGGCUAGCGGAUCUGAGGCUAGCGGAUCUGAGGCUAGCGGUUCAGAGGCUAAGGGUUAUGUGGCUAGCGCUUCUGGGGUUAACGGAUCUGAGGCUAGCGGUUCUGGGGCUAGUGGUUCAGAGGCUAGCGGUUAUGGGGCUAGCGGUUCUGGGGUUAACGGAUCUGAGGCUAGCGGAUCUGAGGCUAGCGGUUCAGAGGCUAAGGGUUAUGGGGCUAGCGGUUCUGGGGUUAACGGAUCUGAGGCUAGCGGAUCUGGAGCAAGCUCUGAGGCUAGCCAAUCUGAAAGCGGUUCUGAAGCUAAUGGCUUAGAGGCUAGCGGCUCAUGGGCUAGUUCUGGAGCUAGCGGACACAACACGGAUUCGUUUCAAAUGCUGCGUGGUGCAAGAAUCGUUCAAAAGAUCAAACGAUCUAAACUGAAGGUUCCAAAGAACAAGAUCAAACGAACCAAGCCAAAGACGCUCAAGAAGAAGAUCAAGCGUGCUAUGGAAAAGAUGUCCAAAAACAAGUGCAAGCGGUUCGUCAAGAAGAACUUCAAGAUCAUUCGCAAGUCAGUCGGCAAGCUGAGGGGUGUUUGCAAGAGGCUGAAUGCUUGCAAGAUGACAGUUAAAGUUCAGUAGACCAUCAAACAAGAAUUCAGACCCAAGCCAAACAGACCUUUUAGUGGUGAUCCAUAAAAGCAUUAUCAGAAUUAUGAUUUUUUAAGAUGAUAUGAAAAGCAGUCCUUGAUAUAUUCAUGUUCUAUAUAAUAAGGAACCGGGGCUAAGAGAUCACGUGACUAUUUGGGUGUCAAACUGGCACGCGCUCAGCCUUUUAGCGGCAAGAUAACAGCAAAAAAGGGAACUUAUUCAGCGCUUACGAAAAAAAAGAUCUCUUUUAGUUUUCGUUUAAGUUUAGUUUCAUUUAAAGAUUUUUUUCUUCGUGGUUCUCUGAUGUGACAGGCGCAGUUUUUUUUAUCAUUUUGUUUUGAAUUUGCCACCGAAAAAUUCACGUGAUCUCUUGGCGCAAAACCCCUAUUGAAAAUAAAAGCAUUCAUCCAAA